AUGACAACGACGCGAAAUACUAUACCGCUCGGCUUCGUAGGAUCCCAGGACCCUAUCUGGGAGCCAGAAACCGAGCCAGAAACCGAGCCAGAAGCCGAGUCAGAAACCGAGCCUGAAGACGUCGCACCCGGUCGCGCCUUCACGGUAGAAUUUGGUCAAAUAGUUCACCUUAGGGGAAAAUUUUCCACCAAAUCGGAGGCCGAAUAUGCGCGCAUUGUCUAUUACGAGCGGAAGAUCAUCAAUAGAGCAGCAGUCGUAUUCGCUGCGCCGAGAAAUGAGCGCCCUCUAAAGUUCGAAGUUCUCGUCCUCGAUGAAUUGGAUCCCGGCAGACAGGUUGAUAUCCCAUAUUUUGUGGUCGUUACGAGUCGCGGCGAGGGGAGAGGGCUUCGGUCGGAGGCUCGAUCCCACCCGUACUUUUCGGUUCUGGAUGCUUUCAAAGACCUCUCUGAAUUCUUGGAUGGGGUUUGUCCCCCGGAAACGAGCAGACGGACACCUAGCCCAACUUAUUGUCCAGAGCGUCGAAUUCGGCAGCGCGACAUGAACCGACAGACAGGCGGCAUGCGGAUCAUGAGAGCCGGGAAUCCAUCUAGACACAGAACCGGAGAGCUCAGGAACUUUGCGACUCGCAUUCCGGCGGAUCCCUCGUACCGGGAAGUCGUCAUAAACCCGACCUUUGAACCAGAAGAGAUGUGA